UUUGUUUAGAGCAUAAUGUCUAGUCUUAAAAAGAGUAUUGUGUGGAAGUUUUUUAAAAAAAUUGACAAUAAUUUUUCUGUGUGCAGUGUGUGUGGUGAGAAAAUAUCGUGCAAAGGAGGAAGUACAUCUGCAAUGCAGAAUCACCUCAAAUUGCGUCAUCCUUCUAAUCAGGUUGUUGCUGGAAGAUCUGGUGCAGGUUCUUCAACAAGUGCUAGUAAUACGUUAAUAAGUAGGUAUUUUAACACAACAACUGUCGUUAUGAAUAGUGCCAAAAAAGAGGAGUACCGCAACAAGUUGGCAAUGAUGUGCGUUAUGGAUCUACGUCCUAUCAAUUUUGUCUUAGGAAGAGGAUUCCGUGCAGUGGCACAAUUUUUGUAUCCAGGAGCUCCACCAAUAGGAUACACAUCAAUUGUCUCAAAAAUAUCUUCGCAAUUUGAGGCAAGAAAGGCUGCCAUUUUUGCAGAAGUUCAGACAAUUAUGGGAUAACUAAACAUAUAUCCUUGUCUCACAACAGAUGGCUGGACAUCGAAUUCUAAUGAAAGCUUCAUAGCUAUUUCAAUUCAUUUAAUUGACAAGAACUGGAACCUUGUCAGUUAUGUUAUCAAUUUGAUUCACUCCCAGGAGCGUCAACCUACAGGCAAGUUUGGAGGCUGCAAUGGAUGCCUGGCAUAUUCCGGAAGCUUUCGCAGUGGUGUCAGACAAUGCCGCAAACAUUGUGCUAGCACUAACUUCAAGCAAACGUGUACAGCAUAUGGUACGGUGUGUCGGGUAUACAAGUCAAUUGGCCAUUAAUGACAGCAUCAAUGCUAUCCAGACAGUUAGAAAUGCGCUGGCAGCCAUCAGAAGAGUGGCACAGUUCUUCAGAAAUUCGAAUUCAUCCUGGAAUGUCCUCAAACAAAUUCAGAAAGACGAAAUCAAGAGAAAUUCUAAAAACCGCGAUACUACAGUAUCUAGACUUCCAAAGCCUAUCUGCCCUAUCAUGGACUGUGAAACCAGGUGGAGCAGCAAAAUCCAUAUGGCGGAACGAAUGGUGAGGCUACAACAGAACAUCAUUGCCGCGAUGCAGGUAAGAUAAAGAUUUUGAAACCCUUUGCUGACCAGGUUACUCGCUGGAGUGGUCAGCGGUAUGUUUUGUACUCAGCGAUUUAUCCGGCAAUUUUCGGAUUGCUAGAUUUUCUUCAGCCAGAUGAUGAGAACGACACGUGGGCUGCUGUACAGCUGAAAGAAAAGCUGCAAAUUGAAAUAAAGCAAUGGUUUGGUUUGGUUAGCGGUAUUAACAAUGAUUUUCCUUGCUAUUUAGGCAUGGUUGGUGCCCUUUUGGACCCUCGAUUCAAAACCCUCCCAUUUCUGACCACCGAAGAAAAAACAAGUGUGAUAACAUAUGCAGAAGAACUACACGCCAUCUUGCAGCAGCAACCUGUCAUGGGCCCUGCUGCAACGGCUUCUGCAUCAUCGAAAUGCAAAGUCUUUGAUAGUUUUCAUACAAACAAAAAAAAAGUUGAUUUACUCUCGCGUAUUUACAAGCCAGUAACAAAUGCAAGCUCAGUUCCAACAACUUUCAGACAGGAAAUGCAAAUUUACUUAUCAGAAGAUCCUGAACCGCUCACGGGAGAUCCACUAACAUGGUGGAAGUCGCAUAGCUCUAGAUUCAACCUUCUUUCUCGUUUGGCUGCACAGCUUUUCUGCGUCACAGCAACCAGCUGUCCAUGUGAGCGAAUAUUUUCAACCGCCGGAAAUUUUAUCACGAAGAAAAGAAAUCAAUUAACGCCAGAACAUGCAGAAAUGCUGGUUUUUCUGUAUGAAAAUUCAGAGUUGCGUGGAAACUUGGUUGAUAAUAAUGAAGAAGAUGAUGAUGAUGAUGGAAUUCAAAUCAGCAGCGAUGAUUAAUGAUAAUGCAGAUAAUUAAACUAUA